CCGGGUUGAGUGGCGCUCAGAACUGUAGUUAACAGGGCGGGGCGCCGCAGAGAGCCUGGCGUAAGGGGGCGGGGCGUGCCGUGCAGCGGGUGGCGGGCGGGCGCCAUGGAGCGGUAUGCCGGUGCAUUGGAGGAGGCGGGGGACGGGGCCCGGCAGCAGGAGCGGCACUACCAGCUGCUUUCGGCGCUGCAGAGCCUAGUCAAGGAGUUGCCCAGUUCCUUCCAGCAGCGCCUGUCCUACACCACGCUCAGCGACCUGGCCCUGGCACUUCUCGACGGCACGGUGUUCGAGAUUGUGCAGGGGCUGCUGGAGAUUCAGCAUCUCACCGAGAAGAGCCUUUACAACCAGCGCCUGCGCCUGCAGAACGAGCACCGAGUGCUCAGGCAGGCACUGCGGCAGAGGCACCAGGAUGCCCAGCAGGUCUGCCGGCCCCACAGCCUGCCAGUGCUCCAGGCAGCCCAGCAGCGGGAACUGGAGGCCAUGGAGCACCGGAUCAGAGAGGAGCAGCGGGCUAUGGACUGCAAGAUUGUCCUGGAGCUGGACCGGAAGGUGGCUGACCAGCAGAGCACACUUGAAAAGGCGGGGGUGGCAGGCUUCUACGUGACCACCAACCCACAGGAGCUGAUGCUGCAGAUGAACCUGCUGGAGCUCAUCCGUAAGCUGCAGCAGAGGGGUUGCCAAACAGGGAAGGCAGCCCUAUGACAGCACCCUGCAGCCACCCGCUGCCCAGCAUGGCUGGAAGGCAGCCCUGCCCCACUGGCAUGGAACUGAGUGGAACAUGUCUUCCUAACAUCUGGCCACUGCCCUGUCAACUGCCUGCAGGGGUUACCAGAGGAGAGCCUGGUGGACCCUGGCUGUGCCUGUCACCUGCUUCUAUCUUAGUUUUUCUGUCUAAACUCUAGGAUGGUCUCAGAAAGGGGAGGCAGACCCAGCCUGCUCACUGCCUCCCAGGACUGGGCAGGGAGGAGGGAGGGAGUUCUAGCACUUUCUCACUCGAAGGGACACAUCCUGACCCUAUAGGGCCCAAGUGCUUAAUCUGGGCUCAAACCUUCCCUUGGCUGUUGUGAAGGGACUCUUAAGUCCUAAGCCCAAGAUGACUCAGAGAAAUAAAGAUGCCUUGUGGUCUGC